AUGCCCCGUCAAAGUCCUCCUCCUCCGAGUCACCUCACCGCUUGCCCGCCUCGCCCUGCGCAUGGUUCAAACCAUGUGGGAUCAGGGUCAUCAUCCAGCAUGGCACAUCAUUCCUUUUCGCCGCGACUGCUCUCGCCACGGCUGAGCCCCGCGCCUCCCUCGUCCCUCCACGACAUGGCUCGCAACCGCAAGCUCCGCCUGCUCGUCGCCGCGACUGGACCCCGCGAUACGUCCUGGGCGCAGGCGCUCGUCGUGCGACUCUCCAAGAACCCUCAGAUUGAAGCCCGCGCCAUCGUCGACGAUGUGGUACCGCGGUUGACACAAACAAUCAUCGUUAUGCAGAACCGGAGUUUAGCGCUGGGAAUGGGCGACCGAGCGGAUGACGUCGAAUUUUACCGACAACAAGCGUUUGAACUUGUGGAAUGGGCAGAUCUGAUGGUCUGCGUGCCGCUAGAUGCGGACAGUAUCGCCAAGAUGCUGGUAGGCGUUACAGAUACGUUCCUCGGCGAAGUGCUUCGAGGAUGGGAUACGCAAAAGAAUAUCGUAUUGGUGCCCGGCAUGAGCACCCACAUGUGGUCGAACCCGAUGACGAAGAAGCAUCUUAACAAGAUACAUCGGAAAUGGAACUGGAUACGUGUGGUAGCCCCGAUAUUGUGGCAUUACGAAGGAACACCGAAUCCGAAGCGAGUACCGAACUGGAACGGCUUCAACGAGGUGCUAGGCAUCAUCAAGAACCAAGCAGACUUGCUAGGACUGGGCCGAGACGUCGAGAUUGCGACAGGAAUGGCCAUGGUGGCUGAUGUGGACGUGAAAGUUCAGUCAAAGUUGCCGCCAGAGAUAUGGACAAUUAUCCUCGACUACGCGGGAGAUUGGGAACUGGCAAAGGCUUUGGGCAUGUACACGAACCUUCCGAUGCCUCCGACAUGGACAAGCCGGCCCAAGGACCCAGCCGACCCCUUGAAGGUCUACGAGCACGAGCUCGAGUGGACCGUCCUAACAUGCAACUCGGCAGCGAUAUGUAAGAAGAUAUCGCAAUCUCCGCCGGAAUUCCACGACAUCUCGGCGCUGGUUAUCAAACUGGUCAUCAAGUUUGGGCUUAUCGACGUGCUGGCGUAUAUGGAAGCCAACAGACCGGAUCUCUUCAAGGCGUUUGACGGAACGACGUUGCCGACCAAGGCCUCGGCCUACUAUCCUCGCACCGAUGUGUUGGACUAUUGGAAACAGAGCAGAUGGUUCAGAGAACGGCAUAUCUAUGACGCAGAAGCCGUGGACGGCGCCUCCAAGAACGGGCAUGUUCGUGUGCUGGACUGGUGGUGGCGGCGAUCCGGACUGUCGAUGCGAUAUACAGAGUCAGCUCUGGAGCAAGCUAGCGGGAGUGGGCAUCUCCUUGUGCUCGAAUGGUGGCGCGAUGCCGCGGCGCAAGACGACAAGGUCGUUUUACGACCGGGCCGGUCACUCUUAUGGGCAACACAAUAUGGGCAAGCUGAUGUGCUACGGUGGUGGGACGCGUCGGGUAUCCCCGCGGCGCAUGGUGAUAGCGUUGCCAAGAUGGCUAGCCGCUGGGGACAGGUGGACGUUUUGGAGACGUGGAGACGACUCAAAGGCGACGACAAGCUCGUCUACGACGCCGAAGUGCUGGUGCCGCCUACCAUAUAUCAACACCUAGCGGUGCUCGAAUGGUGGCGCAAGUUUGCUCACGGAGAACUCCAAGGGAUGGAGGGACGUAAGCAGCAGGUCGAGUUUCGAACUUGCAACAUUGAAGAGGCGCUUGAGGACAGCAUCGGAGACCAGAGCCCGGUUCGACGAUGGUGGACACAGAACGGGCUGAACCUGGGACUACGAGAUGAGGAAUGGCUUAAGACGCGAUAUCUCUAG